AUGACGACGUGCCCGAGUCUCCACCCGAGCUCGUUUGCUCCCCGGCGGCGUACCCUCAAUUUACGUGAUGGCGCCCCCCCCAAAAAGCGAAGGGCGCGCCGCACCGAGCCAUGGACUGUUCUCAACAAUGUCAAUAACCCGGAUGCCAGCACGAGCACUGCCAGCAAGGCGCCCAAAAGAAGACACACCACCCAUCGCGCGAAUGUCUACGAUCUUCCAGUCUCCCCUUCGCCUGAACCUCAGCCUGAACCCGAGGUUGCACCCGAAACACCCAAAAGAACACUUCGCAGUGGCCUGAGAAGCCGCAAUGAACGCCGCUCGACGCCUGGGCCCGAUUUAUCUCAUGGUGAAGACGACCACGGCGGGUCAUCUGCGGAGGAUGCGCAGCCGGAUGAAGCUCCAGAGUUGAGCGAAGACGAGGCUAGCGCAGACGAAGACGAAAGCAACGAGCUUAUUGUCAAUGACGAGUCGGAGGAGUUAGGCAGCGAUCGUUCACCUGGAAACUUGAACCUCUUCUCCAGUGACCGCGACGCGAACAGUGACCAGAAUGACUCGCCUGACUCCCCAAACCCUUCUAUCCCAGAGACACCACCACCUCCACAAACCCAGCCAAAAAGCAAUCUUCCACCAAAUUUUUUUGAACAGUUUGAAAAUCCAUCCGAUCAUGAAAUGUCCGAUCAAGAUGAAAAUCAAGUUGAAAAGAGUCCCCAAGGCUCCAUUCAAGAGCUUCUUGAUAAUCAGCUCUCUGAAACACAGUUCUUUUCUCAAACACAAAAUGAAACCGAGGCUGACCGAAGCUACCGCCGUGAUCUGCGAAUCUGGUUCGACCAGGAGAUCAAGGAAUCUAAUUUGAAGAAUGAUUGGGAAACCAUAUUCGAAAACAGAAAAAGGUUCAGAAAGCAUGUCACGCGCCCUAUGCCAGACGUCUUGGAUGAUUCGCGAGAUAUCGUUGCGGAGCUUCAACAAACCUACAAACAGGUUGUAGCGGAGAGUUAUUUAUCAUCCGAUCUACAUAGGGAACUCCGAAAUCUCAAGGAUUCGUUAUAUGUGGAACUUUGGCGAUUGAGUGACGCCGCGAUGUGGAAGUCUGGAAACGAGGCAACCGCGUGGCAAAUCGAUCAAUUUCAAGCGCACAUUAUACCCAAAAUCAUCAAUCUGCUCCCUUCCAGCUUCAAGGUGUAUCGAACAUUGGGUUAUACAGCAAGUUCUCAACUCCAGGAUACCCUUUUCUUGCUGAUACAAUGCGGUCUUCGGAUUAAGGAUGUGGUCGCCUCGCGAUACCUGAUUAAGGAGGAUGGGUUUCAAAAUGCGUGUGAUUGGACUCGAGCCAUUCAUAUCCCGUUGAGGCAUAUUCUCAAGGAUCUCAAGCAGAGAAGGCCGACCGAGGAGUCCAAAAUCAUCCACGUUCGAUUGCAACAAGAGCAGACAUGGACCCGAGAGGAAGAAGAUACGCUUCUCAAUGGGCUGCAGCAAUACUCUGGAGAUAAUCGGUAUGUGUUGAUCAAGCGUCACCUGGGGCAUCAACUCCUUCGCCGGAGCCUUGGAGAUCUAAGGUCGCAGGCCAAGGAGCUUUCCAACAAAGCUCGUCAUUAUGGCGUUCUCGAUCAAUUUCCUUGGUUUGAGGACAUUUGA